AUGUCUCAAACAACUCUUAAGACAUUUUUCAAUAGUCGAAAAAGACCUGCUACUGAGGCCAUAGUAAGUUCUAAAAACAAAAUAGCUCAUAUUGAUCGUACUUUAGAGACAAGCAAGGCAGAAAGGCGUGUGCCAGCUAAAAGGAGUUGUAUAGAAACUAUUUCAUUAGCAAAGGUAAUACCAUCGACGACAAAAUUAUCUGAGACGUCGUCGUCUGAGGUACAACAUGCUCCCGUCCCGAAAAAAAUCUUACCUUCAGAGCAACAGGAGCUUCCAGUCUUCACAAAUAAAGCGAACGUUAACAACAUAGCAAAAUGUACAAGUAACACAAAAGAAAUAGUUCAAUCUGCAAGAAAGGAAUUAAGCUUAGGAGAUAUAAGAAAGAAGCUUGCUAGCAGCUCAAGGUUAGCGGAAUUAAAAGCAUCAGCUGAUAGAAUAAGCAAAGGCAUUCAAGAACUUAAAGAAAAAACUGAGAAAAAAAACCUUCAAGAAUUUGGGUCAAUUAAUGUGGCAGUUCCAGAAAGCCCUAGUAAAAGACGCAUUAUCCAGAAUGAGCUCUUGUCACCAAAGAAAAAUGAUGACGACACAACAGCACAGAAACCUCUUAUGUCCCCAAGAAAAGUAUUUGUGAGUCCAGUUAAAAGUCCUACUAAAAUACCUGCAUAUCUAAGACAUGCAUCACUAGCGUCUACAUCUUCUAGCCCCCUGCCUCUGCCACAUCACUAUAGAUUCCUGGCUGAACAUUUCCGUGGCAUGGAAACUGUUGUUGCUUUGCUUUAUAACAGAAACGAAAAAAUUACAUUUGCAAAACUAAAGCCUUCCAUCCAAGAAAUGCUAAAACGGACAUUUUCAGAAAAACAUAUUGCUCAGAUUAAACAUCUAGUCCCAGAUUUUUAUAACUUUGAGGUUCAAAAAACAAAGAGCUUUAAUUCAUCCGCCAACAAAGAUGGUUAUGAAUUAAUUAUAUCCCCCAACUUCCCGAAUGACAUUAAAGUAAUGAACCCUAGUGUAUUGUUAGAAAGACGAAGAUAUUUUUAUGACACAUUACUUAAAGUGGUUAAGAAGCACCAUGCUCAAUUUUUAUCAACCCUCGAUCCACCUAUCAAUAUCCCAGAUGAGAAAUUGGUUCGUUGGCAUCCUGAAUUUGAAAUUGAGAAGAUACCUGAGAUUGAAUGUGCUAAAUUGCCUGAAUUACCCAAUGUUGACAAGAUGUCUUCUGCUCAAGAUGUGUUGGCAAAGGCGAGACAAUUAUUUAAAUGCAACACGAAAAUGGAAAGGGCUUUAGAAAAGCUUGCUCAAGCGAAGGCCCGAGGUCUUACUGAAGAAGAAAAAGCAGUCACUGGUCUACAUGAUGCUCCUAAAGGUAAUACUAGCACUGCAACCCAAACUAGCCAACCUUCUUCUAGCAAUGUGACUCUUAUAAAUCCAGCACUGCGUAAUUUGCCAGCGUCUUUGCUUGAAAAAGUUAAAGCUAAACAAGCUGCUAAGGCUUUAGAAGCUAUGACAAGAUCAUCAGAAAACGAACAAAAGUAUAUGGUCUAUACCCGCUUGCCAGAUCUUGCUAGGACUCUCAGAAACAUUUUUGUAACUGAACGAAAAAAUGUUCUCGCCUUAAAUAUAAUUUUGUCGAAAUUAGACAGCAGUUUCAAAUCCAACGUCUCUUCUAGUGAUUUACAAAGGGAUAUAAAGAUAUUGACAGAAGUCAUACCGGACUGGGUGAAAUUGCACGAAAUAAGGAAUGCUACUUAUUUGAAGUUAGAUAAAAACACUGAUCUUAAAUCAGUAGUUGGUAAGUUAGAAUCUGAAGCUAGCAAAUACAAGAUAGAAUAA